GGAGACAAGUUCACGAUUGCACGUAUUCUUUGUGGGCCGCUAUAAAAUCACAACACCUGUGGCACAGGCAUCAGUCCAGUCGGGAACAUAGACGCUGACCACUCGACGUUCUCUUACCAAAAUGGCAUCCGUAUACAAGACCUUGAUAUUAAUUGCAUCAGCGUCGGCUGUCCUGGCUGGUAAAGCGCCUGGCGGCUACUCAUACAACAGAUUCAGCGGGCCAGUUAGUGGGAAAAUCAUUGAAGUCCAGGUUCCUGCGGCAGAAGGUAUUCCAGCACAACAGCAUGCCGAUUACGGAUACGAUCACAAUAGCGGCAAAAUUCAUCCUGACACCGCUAAAUAUGCGCAUUUGAAAACAGUGGACUAUGUGGCUAAGCCGGACUACACGUACGCUUAUGGUGUAGAGGAUCCUCACACUGGUAACCUGCAGAAUCACAAGGAGCAACGUGAUGGCGAUGUAGUUCACGGAGAAUAUUCGCUGGUAGAGCCUGAUGGCUCCUUGCGUUUAGUUCGAUAUACUGCUGAUCCUAAAAAUGGUUUUCAGGCGACCGUACACAAAAAAGCCGCGGGUCAAGCGCAACACCCAGUUCAUUAUGGUCAUCAAAAGCAAGAAAACGAAGAAUCCAGGGAGUACUAGUCUUGUCAAAUGUUUUUAAGAGUUGAUAUUUGUUGAAUUAUUUAUUAUGUUUUUACGUUAAUAAAACAAGUCACUCAAUAA